UACCCAAAAAAAAAAAGUGAAAAGAAAAAAAAAAACAAACAAUACGAGUAAUAAUUAUAACCAAAUAUUUCAAUCGUCACCUUCGUCUUCAAUCCCCACCCCUCUCUCUUUCUCUCUAUUUCCAAACAAAAAAAAAAAACACACACACACACACAACACAUGUGACCUUAGCAACGAAACAUCACCACAAUAUCACCAACUCCAAUCCACACACACACACACUUUAUUCGUGUUGUGAUUUUUGCUUUCAUAAUUAAAAAAAUUAAUUCCAUCCAUGACGACGUACAACAAAUUAAAAUCUUAUUUGAAAACAUUAAAUACAAUGAAAAAAACAAACAUAUAUUUCAUGCUGUUUGUGAUAAUCCUAUGUUCAUCUUCUUAUCUAUUUGGUAACUAUAAACUCACCGGAAUCACUCCAACCACCAACUUCCGUCAUUGCGCCACCCAAACAAACACCACCGCCGCCGCCGUCAUCACAACCCCAUCGCUUGAUUUCACUGCACACCACCUAGCAGAUGACCUUCCCCUCCCGCUUCCCGUGGCGCGUGUAUCCCACUUCCCACCUUGUCAACCCAAGUUCAGCGAGUACACGCCGUGCGAAGACGUUGACCGCUCCUUGAAGUUUGACCGGGUAAGACUUGUGUAUAGGGAAAGACACUGUCCGGAGAAAGACGAGGUUCUCAAGUGUAGGAUUCCGGCUCCGUACGGUUACAGGCAACCGUUCCGGUGGCCGGAAAGCCGUGACGCUGCGUGGUUUGCCAACGUGCCGCAUAAGCAUUUGACUGUCGAGAAGGCAGGGCAGAAUUGGGUAAGGUUUAAAGGUGACCGGUUUAGUUUCCCCGGUGGUGGUACUAUGUUUCCGAACGGUGCCGGAGCGUAUAUCGAUGAUAUCGGGAAGUUGAUCAAUCUCUGGGAUGGGUCUAUCCGGACCGCCAUUGAUACUGGCUGUGGGGUUGCUAGUUUCGGAGCUUACCUUUUAUCAAGGAACAUCUUAACUAUGUCAUUUGCACCAAAAGACACGCAUAUAGCUCAAGUACAAUUUGCACUCGAGCGAGGAGUUCCUGCUUUGAUUGGCAUUCUUGCUUCGAUCCGGUUACCUUUCCCUUCUCGAGCUUUUGACAUGGCACAUUGUUCUCGUUGUCUCAUUCCAUGGGGCCAAUAUGAUGGUGUGUAUUUGAUUGAAGUCGAUAGAGUUUUACGCCCCGGAGGAUAUUGGAUCCUUUCAGGCCCUCCUAUCAACUGGGAGAAACAUUGGAGGGGUUGGGAGAAUACAAGGGAACAUUUUAAAGGCCAACAAGACAUGAUCGAAGGUGUGGCAAAGAGUCUUUGUUGGAAAAAGAUCAUUCAAAAGGGCGAUAUUGCCAUUUGGCAAAAACCUACAAAUCAUGCUCAUUGCAAAAUCAAUCGUAAAGUCUUCAAGAAGCCUCAGUUUUGCCAAGAUCAAGAUCCUGACAGGGCAUGGUAUACUAAGAUGGAGACAUGUUUAACUCAACUACCAGAUGUUUCAAAUAUCAGAGAAACAUCCGGUGGUGGGCCAGUGGCUAAAUGGCCCGAGAGAUUAACUUCAACCCCACCACGAAUCAUUAGUGGUAGUGUGGGAGAAAUCACAGAAGAGAUUUUUAAAAGCGAUACAGAUCUCUGGAAGAAGAGGUUAUCACGUUACAAAACUCUAGACAGCCAAUUGGCAGAGAAAGGGAGGUAUCGUAACUUAUUAGAUAUGAAUUCUUACUUAGGAGGUUUUGCUGCCGCACUUGUUCUCGAUAAGGACCCAGUGUGGGUCAUGAACGUUGUACCCGUCGAGGCAGAUGUGAACACUCUUGGAGUUAUAUACGAACGUGGAUCGAUUGGAACUUAUCAAAAUUGGUGUGAGGCUGUGUCUACUUAUCCACGAACAUAUGACUUCAUUCAUGCAGAUGCCAUAUUUACUUUAUAUAAAGACAAAUGUGAAAUGGAGGACAUAUUGUUGGAAAUGGACAGGAUAUUGAGACCACAGGGAAGUGUGAUAAUUCGAGACGAUGUGGAUUUAUUGGUCAAUGCAAAAACUAUUGUUGAUGAACUUCAAUGGGAAACUAGAUUGGUUGACCAUGAAGAUGGGCCGCUAGAGCGAGAAAAACUUCUCAUUGCUACAAAGCAAUAUUGGACGGCCCCAGCCCCAAACCAUGAUCAGUAAUUAAUGGGUACAAUUUCAAAUUUUAUUGAUCCCAGCUAAUAAGUAUAUCAGAAUGGAAAAAGGGGGAAUAUAUUUUUUUUUUGGGGGGGAAUUGUAAAGGACAUGUUAAAUUGUGAUACUAUAACAUAAAUAUAUAGUAAUUUUAUUUUUUCAUUUAAA